CGACAAUCAGUCGGUAAACGGGCGUCAACGGACUCGCUCGUACCGUGAGCUUUUCGGAUCAGUCGCGCGCCGGUGCUCGAGCUUGCGACGCUCGCCUAUACCUGUGAUAUACCAUACCUGCGAUCGUUGUCUCUCGACUACAUAAGUAUAGUUGAUACAGUUGUGUCGUCGGCGAAGGAUAAUAACGGAUAUAACUCGACGCCUCGCGAAAACACGUGCGGCCGACCCCCUCCCUCCCGCUGCGCUUCUUUCGCAGUAGCUUGUGCGCGUCUAGAGCCGGCCGCCGCUGAUGCCACUGCAGGAAUUCGAGGAUAAAGUUCCGAUGAAUUUUCCCGUCGACUCGUCGCAGUCCUUAUCAUACAGCGAGAAAAGUGUUGACGUGCGUUAAAACAACAACAUCAACAACAACAUCAACAACAACAUCAACAACAACAACAGCUACGCACACGUGUGAGUGACACCUGUUGGCGCAGCCGAAAAAUGCGACGACGCUGCUGCCGCUGCAACGAGGCGGAGAAGAAGAAGAAGAUUGUUCGACGCUGCGACGAGGAUUUUCCUGUGCAGAUGACAAUCAUCGAGGCUGCUGCUGCUGCUGAUGAUGAUUGAUGGGGAUGAGUAAUGACGCGGCGCAAAGUGACUCGCGUGCGCACUCGCACUUCCGGCGGAGCACGCGUGCAAUUGCAGCCGAGUAGACACUGCGCGAUUAUCGGCUGAUGCGCGCGCGACACCAGAGGAGGAGGAAAUGUACGACGACAGCUUAUUACACGCUUCUUUCGCGAGGUUAUUGCGCCUGCUGAUGUGCUGCUAGACUGAAAGAGAGAAGGAGAGAGGAAGCGAGGAGAGAAGGCCACAGGGGAAUAACGGAGAAGCAUCACCGCCGAUGCCCGAGCCCUCACCGAGCAAGAGCCCAGGACGCAGCGUUUAUGGCCCAAGUCCUGCUGCAUCAGCAGUCCUCCGCUGCCCGUAGCAGCUUGUCUGCAGAGAUGCCGUCCUCGGACGCGGAGUCGCCGCCGGCCGACGAGCACCUGGUGCUUCGCUCGAAGCCACCUACCAACAACAAUAACAACAACAACAACAACAACAACAACAACAACCACCACCACCACCACCACCGCUUGGAGAAGAGACACGAGGAGACGGCCUCGAGUCCGCCCACCUCGAGGACGACGGCGCUUGGCAGUAGCAGGCACAAUCAGCAGCAGGUGGCCUCUUGGCACGAGCACGUCUACGCUACCCCGCCGAGGACGCCCACGCCGCACAGGAUCAGCGACAUUCUCGGAUGGAGCCGAGAAACUACGGCUGCCGGCGGCAGGAUGCAGGGAAAGCUCCUGGCGCCGACACCCAGGAGGUUCAGCGCGGGCAGUCCGCUCGUCAGGGCACCCCUGCCGAUCUACUCGCCCCUGCCCGCGCACUCGCCGGCUUCCAUUCAUACGGGUAGUCUGACGUCGCCCCCCUGCACGCCAAGUCCAGCCUCUCCGAUGAUGUCUCCCGCCUCGGCCGCCAGUUUCUGCAGCACGACGACCCAACCCCCGAGUGGCUUCCAGACACUACCUUCCGCGACGACCACAACCUCGGACGACUGCAGCGACGAGCGUCCGCUCAACCUGACGACGAGCUCGCGGCGCACCAGGAGUCCCUCGAAUUCGCCCGGCUCGCUGCUCUACGCCAGGAGCACGACGCCGACGACGUUUCGCGAACCACAGGCAGAGCCGUUCCUCUUCGGACUGCAUCAUCAUCACCACCCCCAGGCGUUCGCGCUCAACGGGGCGCCACCUGGACAGCCCGUCGUCGCCCCCGUAGUGGAGCUGACCACCGCUGCGGUGGCUCAGAGCAGCGCCAGGAAAACGCUGAGGUCGCCGACGAGUAAGGAAACCAGCAGCGCAAAGUCUUCGUCGGGAAGCAGCGGCGGGAGCAGCAAACGAAAGCGGGUCGACCUGGCGAGUCCCGCACCCACGUCAGCCGCACCCCCGAAGGAGCCGACGUCAGCCUCGUCGCUUCCAGCUGCCCUGAAGCUGGCGAGCGACGCGAGGACUGCCGCCGCUGCGGCGGACGUGGCCGAAGACGCGGAGUCGGCCGAGAGGAAGAAGAAGAAGGCGCGAACCACCUUCACCGGCCGGCAGAUCUUCGAGCUCGAGAAACAGUUCGAGGUGAAGAAGUACCUGAGCUCCUCGGAGCGAGCCGACAUGGCCAAGCUCCUCAACGUCACCGAGACACAGGUGAAAAUCUGGUUCCAAAACCGGCGCACCAAGUGGAAAAAGCAGGACAACAUAAGCAACGCCGAGGCAGCCGAGCACAAGAACCAGAACAAUCCAAAGUCCUCGAACCCGGCCAGCGGCGGCGGCGGCGGCGGCGGCAAGGCCUCCUCCAACAGCGGUGGCAAACACUCCUCCUCAAAGGACAUCGAGGCGAGCUCGGACUCGAACAAUUCGCUGCUGGUAAGCGACGGCAACUCGGUGCCGGACAGUAAUAGCAGCCGGACCCUCGUGAGUCCGGAGCCGCCGCCACCGCCACCGUCGUCCAAGGAGGAGCGCAAGAUCUGCUCGCGGGAUCUCGUUGCUGGCAAGGGCCAGUCCAGAUUAAUGGCCGGCAAGGAGCCACCCGACGAAGAUGGGGUAAACAGCCUAGACAGUUUGGAAGUAUCGUCGAGCAACAAACCCUCGCCAACGUCACCGCCGACUCCCCCUCCGGCACAACCAUCAUCGACAUCAGCACCGCUACCAACACCUUCGCAGACUCAGAAACAUUCGCCACCUCCAAUGUCGUCACCGACCGAUGAUGAGCAGGUGGCGGACGACGAGGAUGACGAGCCGGAGAUUAGGAGGUCUCCGCCUCGGACGAAAGUCUCAUCGAGUCCCGAGCCGCCCAAUAGCUAACUAGCUGCCGUGACUCGGCUGCUCUCGCGACAAGCCUUUUUCCGCGCGACUCGCUCGAGAGACACUGAGAUAAGCACAUUUACAUGAGAGAGAUCCGGACAAGUGAUGUUGCAAACGGUGUCCGAUUCUCCGGUGAGAAGUGACUGAUUCGUGAGGAUGGCAGGCGCACAGAAACUUUUCUAUAUAUACAUUAUAUAUAUAUAUAUAUAUAUAUAUAUAUAUAUAUAUAUAUAUAUAUAUAAUAUUUAAAAAAUCGUUCUUCCUCGAUCCUAGACUUGCUCGAGGUGGCCGAGAAAUGCGAGUCCCACAACUGUGAUUUUAACCGAUUUCCUGCCUCACAGAAAGAGAGAAAGAGAGCCGCUUUUUUCCUAAAGUAACUAUAAACUAAAAUAUAGUGUGUAACUACGUAAAAGGGACUCGUCCGAUAUCACCGUGGAGGGAAAAGAAACCAGAGCAUCGGGACGACUCGCGCAUUUACGUACCUGCUGAUACUUCUGCUUUGAUGAUCGUCAUUUUAUCUAUUAUACGCGAUACCCUUUACGCCUCUCUUCAGUCUGAGUAAUUGUUAUAAUUGCAUAACUGUGUGAUUCGAAAAAUUCUCCGGUCUAGAAUUUAACGUACGAUGUAAUGCAGUAGCCGAGAAUGCGAAAUUCGUGCAAAGUACGGAUGAUUGACCAAAGAAUAGUGAUGUAUAAAUAUAGAUAUGUUCAAUUUAGCGUAAAAUUCUACGCGAUGAUUAUUAUAUACGAGCCUGUACAAAAUUCGUAAGAUUACUAGUUUUGAGAUUUGAAGUAACAUACAUUUUUUUUUUAUCAAAAGUGAUUGUUGUACGAAUUGAGUAGAUUAGGAUGCUCAAACGAUAAGAAGUAAACAGCCAUUGAAAUUAUUUGUAUCUUUAAUGUUUUAUUUAUUUUUUGUUCAACAAGAUAUUGUAUAAUAUUUAUUCGAAUUCAACAAGAAAGGCAUCCAUAGUUUUCAACGACUCAUGUUGUGCGAUAAUAGUAUUGGUAAUAACGCUUAUCACAGACUAGGUAAUAAACCUUUAUGAAUGAGUGCGAAUGAUACAGAAGUGAUGAGGCGGCGGAGGAGUCUGGAAGUGUGACAAAUGGAAAAUCGGUCUGUAAUAAGAACUCACAUACACAAACCCUCUGCCAGUUACAUUGUCAGCUGUGUAGUUUUGCAGUACGCAUAAGUCCUCGUGAUAUAAAAAUAAUUAAUUCGUCGUUGUGGAUACGUCAAAAUGUGUUACUUUUGUGCGAACGCGGAUUUUAAACGCACUUUUCUAAUUCAUUAUUAAUAGGUGAAAAAAAAAUGAAAAAUGCAAGACCGAAGUUUGUCGAUAUUUUUUGCGCCAAAGAAAAAGUGUCAAUAAAAUUGAAAUAUAGAUCCUGA